GUCAAGGUCACCGCUAGCGAACGCCGUGUGUUCUCGUUCUGACAAAAGUUGAUUUCGUCCGUUUUCUUGUGAUUCAGGCGGGCUUGGAGGUGCGCAAUAUACUCGGAAUCUUCUGCUGGUCUACCUAUCAUCAUCAUGGUGUCCAAGUGUCUGGAUUGUGGUAAAGGUGUCACUACCCGCUCAAAGGCCGUUCAAUGUUCUUUCUGCGACGGCUGGUUGCAUAUCACUUGUUGUGGUAUCUCACCAAAUUUUUAUGAGUGUCUUCUGAUGUAUACAGCAUCCUCUGUUGGCAUCUUUUGUGACUCUUGUCUUACAUUAGUCAACACCCAGCGGGCUCAUUCUGGUUUACCUGCUUUUACUCCCCGCUCUGCUAAUGCUCACUCCGAUCCCCAACCGACUGUUUCCCAAAAUUCGCCUUCUUCUUUCCCUUCUUUGUGUCCUGAUUUUGUCACGCCAGUUCUUAAACAAAUUUCUUCCCCACCCUCAGAGACACACAUUUCUAGUGACCAGCCUAGUAAGCCCCUGCCCAAGACGUUUGCUACCGUCGUCAAGGAGAACACGGUGGCUGCUCCCGCAAGUCGGAUUCCCGUGGUGCAUAAAUGUAAGCCUAUAGCAAAGGCUGUGGAAGACAAAUUGUCACCUCCAAAGCGUGGGCUAAAAUCGGUUCUUCAUAGGAUUGACCAUUUGGAGAAACUGCUCCAGGACAAGCCGCCUUCCAAGCCACGGAUCCCCGAGAUCGCCAAAGUCCCUAACCGGGAACGUUGUCUCAUCAUAAUGAACUCCCCGGAGUCGGAUAAGACAACAGCAGCAGAGAGAAUUUUGGAUGACCAAUUGUUUCUAAAACGUAUGAUCUCCCUACUGUUCGAUGAGGGGGAACCGGGGAUUAAUAUCGUCUCUGCUUUUCGACUUGGCAGAAAACAGGAAGAUUCUUCCAAGGUGCGUCCCCUUAAGGUUGUAUGCCAAACUGAAGAUGAAUGCCGUCGGAUCCUUCGACGAACUUCGCGCCUCAAAGGGGAGCCCUUUCACGUGUUACGGGAUCUAUCCCCGGAAGACCGCGUUAAAAUGAAGAUCGCAGUCGAUGAAUUGAGAACUCGCCGUGCGAACGGUGAAACCGAUUUGCGUAUUGAGGAUUUUCGCGUGGUUCGGAAAGUGCAGAGAACGCGCUGGAAGCCAGUUCUUGUCCUUCCCGGACAUUAAGAUCAACAACUGGAUUGCACGUACUUUUUGCGAACGUGCGCAGUCUGCGUAAUAAACUAGAUGAAGUUGUGCAUCUUGCGUCAGUACUUCACCCGGACCUUAUGGCGUUUACGGAGACAUGGUUGUCCCCAGAAAUCCCAGAUCCCGAAGUACAUAUUCCUGGUUACAGUCUCUCCCGAGCUGAUCGCAUCGGUUUGAGAUCGGGGGGCGGCGUCAUACUCUACUGGAAGGAAAACCUGAAGGUCCAUGUAGUUGAUGUUGUCUUGGGAAGUGAUGACUGCUCCGAAGUGCUUUGGUGUCGUAUUCACGAUGGAUGUAGAUCUCUCCUUCUCGGUGUCUUCUACAGAGCUCCCCUGAGUUCUGGCGAUCGUUUACUGGCCUCUUUAAAGAAGCAUGGUGGAAACAAGGAUUGUUUAUUAGUGGGGGACUUUAAUGCCCCUAAUGUUGAUUGGGAUCUUCUUCACUGUGAUGCUGCACCUGCCUCCUUCGAUUCUACAUUUCUGGAAGCUGUUCUUGAAAGCAAUUUAAUUCAACAUGUCGCGGCACCUACUCGCAUUAUCCCUGGUCAGACGCCGCACAUACUCGAUCUUGUGCUUUCAUCUGCGCCAUCGGAUGUUUCUGAUUUGAAUGUCUUACCACCAAUCGGGAGGAGUGACCACUGCCUACUUUCCUUUCAAUGGACCACACGGUUGAGCAUUCACAACCACUGUGUCUAUCGGCGGAAUUUCUGGCGUGCUGAUCCAAACCGCUUGAAGAAGGCCGCUAGCGAGCAGGAUUGGAGUCUCCCUCAGCACUUGGACGUCGAUAAUGCUUGGAGCCUUGUUUACUCGAAAAUGUUGUCCAUUAUUGAUGAUGUUGUCCCCAUAUCCAAACGAAAACCAUUUACUAGAGGUCCCCCCUGGAUUGACCGAGAACUACGAUCGCUCAUGAACCAAAGACACAAACUUUGGAAUCGCUAUAGGCUUUCGAGGUUGGAAACCGAUUAUAGCAAUUAUAAAUUGGUCCGGAACGUAUGUACCUCGAAAAAACGUACGAAACGGCAGCAAUACGAAGGUCAUCUGGCUGAAUCUUCCAAGUCUAUACCGAAGCUGCUUUUCUCCUACCUGAAAAGGAGCACCAGAGCCGGAAGUGGAAUACCGUCUUUGCAUUCCCACGAUCUUAAUACCGUACUCCACGACGAUGCUGAUAAAGCUAAUCUUUUAGCUCGCCAUUAUUCAUCGGUCUAUACAACGGGGGUGCCGUCAGUUGAUUGCUAUUCAUCCUUGCUCUCCGCUCUCAGCGAUAUGGACAUAAAUGUUACUGUGGUAUACAAACUUUUGUGCGAGUUGGAUCCCAACUCUUCCCCGGGACCUGAUGGACUGCAUCCUCUUUUUCUCAAGAUUGUGGCCGAAUAUAUCGCUGUUCCUAUCUGCCACGUAUUUCGGUGCUCACUUGAGGCUGGGCGUCUUCCGCUUGCCUGGAAAGCGGGUAUAGUCAAGCCCAUAUACAAAGGAGGUAAUCGGCAAGAUCCUACGAAUUAUCGGCCCAUUUGCCUAACAUCUGUCAUCUGUAAGGUUAUGGAGAGGAUUCUUAAGCGAGCUCUCAACCUGCACUUCCAGAACCUCAAGAUCAUUUCAGCUGCGCAGCAUGGGUUUUGUCCUUCGCGUUCCUGUGUCACCAAUCUUCUGGUAGCUCGAGAAAAGUGGGCUAAAUCCAUGGAUGCUGGUAAGCGGCUAGAUGUCGUAUUUGUGGAUUUUAGUAAAGCCUUUGACAAGGUUCCACACGAAAUUUUGCUUAGCAAACUUCGCAGUAUUGGUGUUUCAGGAAAAAUCCUCUCUUGGCUCACUGAUUUCCUGAAUGACCGCGCUUUCCGUGUACAAGUAAAUGAGGCCUUUUCCUUCCCUGUAAAUAUGACCAGCGGUGUUCCGCAAGGCUCUGUUCUUGGCCCUGAACUUUUUAAAGUCUUUAUUAAUGAUCUGGCAUCUGUACUACGGGCAGAUUGUUUGAUUUACGCGGAUGAUUUAAAGAUAUGGAUGGAAGUCUCCUGUCUGGAUGAAGCUGAUUUACUACAAACAAGGCUCGAUUCGCUGCAUGAGUGGUCGAUCAGGUGUCAAUUACCCAUAAAUCACGAUAAAUGUUCCGUUCUUCCGAUCGGUGCCUCCGAACCAUUUGGAAUUUAUCAUAUCGGUGGGUUUUUGCUGCCGAACUCUAAUCGUGAGAGGGACCUCGGCGUCAUUGUGACCCCAGACCUAAAAUCGACCGAAGAUACCUUGAGGAAAGUCGCUUCUGCCAACAGGUUGUUUUUCGCCAUACGACGAUCCUUCUCUCGCUUGACUCCGGAGAUCUUCAGGCUCCUGUUCACUUCUCAUGUACGUCCGGUUCUUGAGUAUGGACUGCCCGCUGUUUAUCCUCUUUCCAAAUUUGAGUGCAACUUGAUUGAAAAAGUUCAGCGGAGAGGAUCUAAAUCCGUUCUGGAAUUACGAAACCUGCCUUACUCGCAUCGUCUCCAGUGCCUGAACUUGUUCUCCCUAGCCUACCGUCGAGAUCGCGGGGAUUUGAUUUUCACCCGGCGUAUCGUUAGAGGGGAACUUGGAGUUGAAUUGCAGAAUUUCUUUCCACUCAAUUCUUUCAGUUCGACUCGGGGUCACCAUUGGAAAUUGUUUAAACAAAGGAGACUUCGGGUCCGUUGUGAUGUCACUCUGUCUACCAGAGUAGUGAACGAAUGGAAUAAUCUACCUGUGUGUGUCGUUGAUGCGCAGUCGGAGGAAUGUUUCAAACAUCAAUUGGAUUCUUACCUGUUGAGUAAACUCGGAUCUUGUUGCUUCUUGUGUCAAUGUAGCGGUUCCAUUGGAACCGACUUGCAAUGUCCACCUUGAUCCCUGUGACGAACGGGAGGCGAUGGAGCUGACAAAGGAUUUUUCCUUCUGCUCUCUACAUUCCAAUGUUCCAAUGUUCCAAUGUUCCAAU